UUUGGCAGUUUUUUUGUCAUUCAAAACAUUCCAAACAUGAGCGCAGUGAAAUUUUAGGCGGUGUUUCAAGGAAAAAAGAUCGGUCGAAAAAUAGAAGUUGAUGCCAUUAACUAUUAUCGUUUCACGUUAGAAAAAACACAAAGAAAUCAAAAUUAUCCGUGAUGUCUGAGGAAACUGGAGGAGGUUUAAUCACAAAUUUCAGUAAGACAAUUGGGGUUACUGAACCAGCCCUUAAGUUGAUAUUGACUGUUUUUGCAGGUUAUCCCUUGGCUCUAAUACACAGAAAAUAUCUAUAUGGAAAGGAUGUCAGUUUACAGCACCUAUUCUUCAUCGUAACAGGAUUUGCUUUAGGCUAUUGGAAUUAUGGCAAAGAUAUAAACCAUUGUGUUUUAACAAUAUUUUUUACCUAUUGUACCCUUUUAUUAUUGAAAGGUACAGCAAUAUGCGUGGCUGUUAUAUUUAUAUUUACUAUGUCACACCUUCUAAUAGGAUAUCUGUACUGCAGCACAGAUAGUUAUGAUAUUAACUGGACUAUGCCACAAUGCAUAUUGGUUUUAAGAUUAAUUGGAGUUGCAUUUGAUUACUAUGAUGGACACCAACCUCCAAACACCUUGUCAGCAGACAGCAAAAAACUCGCAUUACAAAAAAGACCUAGCCUCUUAGAAUUAUUUGGCCAUAGCUUUUUCCCUGCUGCUUUCAUAGUUGGCCCACAAUUUUCCAUGAAAAGAUAUCUUCAAUUUGUUGGGGGACAAUACAGCAAAAAGGAUACUAUCAAUGACCCUCCAGAUUGUAUAGAACCAGCAGUUCAAAGGCUAUGUUUAGGAAUUGGAUAUCUGAUUGUAUUCCAAACACUGGGAAUGUUUGUGUCUGAUGAAUAUCUUCUCACAGAUGAAUUUGCCAAUGUAAACUUUUUCAAAAAAAUGCUGUUGUUGGGCAUUUGGGGAAAAUACACCUUGUACAAGUAUAUUUCUUGCUGGUUACUAUCUGAAGGAGCUUGUAUCAUGUUUGGUUUGGCCUAUGAUGGAGAAGAUGAAAAAGGCAAUCCAAAAUGGAACGGGGUCGAAAACAUUGAACUAAACAUUUUCGAAAAUAUCACACAGUUCCAGGAUUACGUGAAAUCGUUCAAUGUGAACACCAACAAAUGGUUGGGUCAGUAUGUCUACAAAAGACUGAAGUUCCUCGGGAACAGGUUGAUCAGUCAAUUCGUGUCCUUGAUGUUUUUAGCUGUCUGGCAUGGUUUCCACAGUGGAUAUUAUGUGUGUUUCAUGUUUGAGUUUAUCGUUAUCUACAUGGAGAGAGAUAUAAAAUCCAUCAUCAAAUCCGACGAGCGCCUCACGAAAUUCUUCAGCGAUCCUCGGCUGCAACUACCCAUAAAUAUUAUCCUACGUCUCUACACAUUCAUCUUUAUGGGCUGGUGUCUUUUGAGUUUUGGUCUCCUGCAGUUCAACAGAUACAUGCUGGCGUACAAAAACGUCAACUACGUCGGUAUAAUCCUAUUUGUUCUUUGGCCUAUUGUCUACGCGCCCAUUAUACGAUUUGUAUUAAAAAAAUUCAAGAAAAACCGUUCCACAGAAUAACGGUCUGCUUUAGUUGUCCCUAGAGAUAUGACUUUUUGUGCCUGAUUCUAAUUGGGCUAUGUGUACAUACAUUGAUUAACAUAUUUGGCUAGAAAGUACCCAAUCCAAUUGAAAGUUGAGUCUGCGCGAAAAUAAGUAUACGUGCCAACCACUUAUGGUUACAACUAUAAUGUAUUAUAACGAAAACACCGCUCUUGCAACUAAUUUAUCACAAAUUUAUAAAUAUGUUGACUCCGUAUUGUUGAUUAUGCAUCGUCAGCUAUCCAGUAUCCGACUCGGGCAUUCUGCCCUCUUGGCGCCUGUUUAUGUUCAAAAUUCGGUCAGUUCAGAGCCUUCUCGGACGCUCCCGAUGUCGGCCGAUCGUUGUCGCAAGCUCUUUUGGACGGUGGCGUAACUGUGGUUGCCUAAACGUCGAUAUUGCAAGGGCGUCUCAUCGUUACUCAAGGUCACAGUUCCGGGGCGUUAGUGUAUCCAGAGAGUAUGGAAACAAUCACAAAAAGUAUGGAAACCUCAAAAUGUCUCAAAAAAUGUUUCCUGGAGAAAAAUGUUAUGGAAUAAAUUUGUAAGGUUUGGAAAGAGUCCUCUAAUGGUAGCAUUGAACGCGACCUUGACCGUGACCUACAAGGUUAUUUGAAUGUCAAGACAGUUUUCUUAAACGGAAGCUCAUUUUUGAACCCUAAAUGUAAAGCAAAACAUGUUCUUGCCCUUGACCUUCAAGAUCCUUUUUGGGGUAUUCAGAAAGUAUGAGAUGGACAAACUAUCUCAAAAAAUAUGUUUCCUACAGAAAAAUAUUGUAGAAGAACAUUGGAAGGUUUGAAAAAGUCCAUUCAAUGGUGGCAUUGAAUGCAACAUUUGAAGGUCGAAAUGAGUUUUAAAAGGAAACCUGUUAUUUUCAUCACCGGAAAUGUAUAGACCAAAAAAUCUCAUGUUGAAGUAUGUUUUUGUCCAUGUCCUUGGCCAAUACCUUCAAGGUCAUUUUAGGGAGUCGAAAAAGAAUAGAAAUGACAGUAUCUAAAAAAAUAUGUUUCCUAGAGAAAAUGUUGCAAAAAUUCUUUAGACCCACAAGUGACCUUGAGGAUCAAGAUAAUGGGCAAACUAGAACGCAAAAUUAUUCGGACCUUUACAUACUCGGAAUCAAAGUAGCGGUAUCAAAAUAUCAGUUUUUCUUUCAAACGAUCCUAAAAUUCAACAUAAUAUAGAAGGACAUACUUGAGCAUAAAAAUAUCCGUCCUUAAUAUUUGAGGUUGUAAAAAAAUAGGAGUUUCCACUUAAGGAAAAUUAUUUGACCUUCAAUCUUAUAACCGCCUAUAACUUGAGAAGUGCCGCUCGGAUUUCGAUGAAAUUUUUAUACAGUUAAUACUAUGCCAAGGACUAAAAAGCUUUGCAGUUUUUGAAAUUCGGUGCAGUGGCGGCGGAGCUAGGAGCAAAAACGCGAAAAAAUGAAAAUCGCUCAAACAUCGUUUUUGGACGUUUCAUCUUGUUCCUGAUCAACUUUCAGAAAUAAAAUUGUGGGGGUCGAAAACAGUUACGUUUCCAGCCCCAGUAGUUUUGCGCACCUAUCACAUAUUUCACACAUCAAAAAUUACAGAAACAUUUAUAGUCGAGACACGCCGUCGGUCGGGGCCUCACUGAACCGUGCUUUGCGUUGUGAUGUUAUAGUAUCGUGGAAAGUGUAGUCAACUUACUUGACAUUUUUUCUACAUUUUUCUUUAGGAGAUAUUUUGUUAUUUCCACAUUUUUUGACACCCUACUUAUACGUGUCGACCCCGGUGGUGUUAACGUUUCCACAUUUCGACACUCUCUCAAGGUUGAAUGAUUUCGUUUUCCGACGCGAAGUUGAGAAAUUCGAUGUAUACGAAAUAUCUUUUCAAAGGUAAAUGUUUUUAUCACGUUAUCACUGCGAUUCUACAUGGCAAACAUGGCUGUGACAAUAGAAAUCUAUGAGAACGUCCUUAUACAGCAUAGGGUUGGGUAUCUUCUUGGAUAAUGUUUAUCAAUGUUAUUAUGUAGAUUGUGUACAUUGACGUGUAUACUUGUAGUGUUUCACUCUUAAGCAACACAUUAGAAGUGGUUGUAGGAUAUUUCGUUCUUCUUUAAGAUACAUUUUACACUUUAGGUUCUGAAAAAUAGUUCAUAAAUAUGUGCUUCAUUCACAUACCUUCAUGAUUGAAACAUGAGAUGACUCUAAAUAUUGAAGAAAGGCUUAUAUUUGUUGAUAGAACUAGGGUGAAUUACACGGGCCGACAAAAAUGAUCCGACCUUCUUCCACAGAAAUGAAACAAUAUUUUCCGAAGGUAUUUGAUAUCCUGAAGCCAAGUCUGUCGUCCAAAUAUUUCAAUUGGCUCUAGUGGCUGAGAUCUAAUAACCUAAAUGUGCGAAAAUAGCGAUUUUGCGUAUAUUCGAGAUUUUGUAGCACGUCGAAUUACUUUUUUUAAAAUACCACAGGCGUCAUCUCGAAGUACAAGCCUUAAUUGUAUCUUUGCCAGGAAACCAUACCAUCUAUUCUACUGUUAUUUAUCAUUCAUGAAAAUCAAGCUUUAUAACAAAAAGCAGAUCCCUGCAGAUUCAAGCGGCCGGAGACUUAGACUAAAGAAAGUAUUCAUAUGACGAAUGAGAUGGAUCGGACAGAAUUUCCCCAGAACAAGCACAAAAAUCUCCCAGAAUUUUUACUUUAAAAAAAAAAUCUGCAGAUCACGUUUAAUUAAUGGAAAAGUAUAGUUUUGGUUAAAGAGUGGAGGGGAUGCUUUCUAAUCGCGAAAUGUGUGUUAUCAAGAAUUGCCGUAGUUUCUGCUGGUAUAUAAGCUCUAUGUUAGGAUAUCUCGCAAACUAGAUCCGGGAAAAUAUUAUCUAGUUUCUGGGUAAAAAUUUUGUCGGCUUGCGUUAUCGGUUUACAUAUUUUUUUAUCUAUUCUAUGCUCAUUUGUAAAUUUCUCGAAAUAUUACUCAUUUGUGAUUGCAUUCAAAAUUGUUGGAAGCCUGAACUGUGCAAAACUAUAUUAGCUUUGUAGGAUUUCUGACGCGUGUACAAAUUUUCAACAAAUCUAUAAAAUACGUAACAGUUUAUUUUAUUUAAAAAAUAUCUGAAGGAUGUAGUAGAUUUCUUAUUUGUAAUAUUUUUAUAUGGUCGAUAAUUUUUAUGUAUCAGUUUGAGAUAAUUCAGACGCUACCUCAGAUAAAACACACUAUAAAUUGUAAAGAGGCUUGUAUUUGAACUAUUAAAAACCCAAAGUUAACACAAUGAGUGUGGUAAGUGACCCGCUAAAAUCCGAUGUGCAAAGCUAAAAACUAAUGUGCAUAAAGGUAUCAACCAUUUUAUAUAAGUUCUAAUUUUAUUAUGACAGAGCUGUGAUUUAAAAAAAUGGCCAGUAAAGAUGAACUAUAUCGACUUAUUCAAUUAUAAUGCCUUGAUAAUUAAUUUUUGCCAUCACAGAUCUUUUAGAAAUUACUUUUUUACAUGGUAUUUUUUGUUGUACUUACUCUUCAUAUGUAGGUGUUCGCUUCUAUUUUAUUGCACAAAAUUUUUGUACAUUUCGGUUUCUUCAAAUAAACUUUUUUUACUGAAGA